AGGUGCAUACCAGAAUUGCUAAGUUUACAAUUUUGUAUGCCAGUGCUUCCUAAUUGAUAAAUUCAAUUGCUUGACACAUGGAACUAUGUUUGUGAUAAAUUGACUAACCCAUAGUUGAUCUGUUUGAAGAACGGUGUUUAAAUUCAGGCAAAUGAAGGGGAGGGAUCAUUGCCUUGGGACAAGCACAAGCAUGUUUAUGAUCUAAUGGAGAAUAACAAUUGGGCAGUUUGAGCAAAUUGCUUUGAGGAGGUUGGAUGUUGCGGAAGGCUGCUUUAGGACAUAGGAGGUUUGUAGUAAUUUCAUUGCUGCCUGUGUUCUUCUUACCUACAAGUGCCAGAGCUCAUGGGCGUGCUGCUGAAGAUCCAUUAUUAGUAAUUAUAGGUUUUUACUUUAUUAAGGGAAAGGAUUAAAAGUGUUAUAGUAUAAGGUGAAGAAUUACAACCUAUAAACUUAUUAAAGUAAAGAGUUAAAAGUGUCAUAAUAUAAUGUGAGAGAUUAAAACCUACAAACUUAUUAUGGUAAAGGACUAAAAGAAGAUUUUAGCCCUAAAUGUUUGAAUAUGAACAAAUCAAUCAUUAUAUUAAUGGUGAAAGAAUAAACCUCCUUUGGUCAU